UGAUAAUUUCACAAAAAAAAAUAAAAUUAAAGCUAUUUCUAACACUAGAUGCAACAAUUUUUCUGAUGCAGCGAGUGGUCUUCAAAUGUCCUCUUCAAAGGUGCUCACAAUACUCUUCUCUUUUCUCCGGAAAAGCAGAAAUUUUCAAUAACAAAAUCAACGAUUGAAAAAAACGAAGAAAUAGCCAAAAAAAAAAACCUAUACGCUAUCCUUUAUUUCUUGUGGCGGCGCAUCAAUACCGCCACCGCCAUGGGCGACAAAACACUCAAUCGACGGCGACAGCAACCCGAACCUGCCGCCGCCGAUGAAAAGUUCGAAUCUUGGGCCCAGCUAGCGUGGGCCCACUUGGAAGACGUACGGAAUUCGCCUUCACCGCCGCUAAUCCAGUGCAUCACAAACUUCGUCUCCAUGGAUUUGGUCGCCAACGUCCUGCUCUCCGCCGGCGCGUCGCCGGCGAUGAUACACUGCGUCGAAGAGAUCCCUGACUUCACGCCCAAGGUCCACGCGCUCUACAUCAACGUCGGAACCCUCACGCCGGCCUGGCUGCCGGCGAUGAAGAUGGCCGCGGCCGUCGCCAAUGAGGCCAAACGGCCGUGGGUGCUGGACCCGGUGGCCGCCGGAGCUUCCGGUUUCCGGUUAAGGGCGUGUUUGGACCUGCUGACGCUGAGGCCGAGUGUUGUUAGGGGCAAUGGGUCUGAGAUUUUGGCGCUUUUUAAGGGCUCUGUUGAUGCAAAUUCUAAGGGGGUGGACAGCACACACGAAUCAAUGGACGCCGUAGAUGCAGCGAGGUCCCUGGCUCGAGCCUGUGGGUGCGUAGUAGCGGUGUCUGGGGCCGUGGACAUAGUCACGGAUGGAGAGCGCGUCGUCGGAGCUAGAAACGGGGUUCCUAUGCUGCAGAAGAUCACAGCAACGGGAUGCGCGGUGACGGCCCUCAUUGCUGCAUUCGUAGCAGUGAAUCCAUCACAGCCGUUUGAAGCCACCGCUGCUGCAUUGUCCGUGUUUGGCGUCGCUGGCGAAGUGGGCACAGGCUCGGCUGGAGGGCCGGGCUCGUUGCGGGUGCACUUGAUCGACGCGCUUCACGGCCUGGAUCGAGCUGUUGUUCUUCAAAGAGUGAACAUCGGCGACGUUUCAUGAUCGGUAUCUUAGGAAGGAAAGCUCAUAAAAUGAGGCAUUGUAUAUUAUUGAUGUUAUAAUAAAGCCUCUACGUUUUACGUCCCCAAAGCGACACCAAA